AUCAUCACCAGCAAUCUUGUUGUGCUCUCAAAUUAUCAGUUGGACGACUGCAGAGGAUCAAAUCUCUUGAACCUUCAAAUUGCUCUUCAUAUCAUCAAAAUAUGGCUUUUACUGCGGAUACUGAUUUGAUGACGAACAGCCAUGUGCUAAGCAAUGGAUGCCCUCCCAUUUCCGGUCAGAAUGUAACCCCUAAUGCCUCUGUCGAAAGUCUGGUGCCAUUCAACAUCAUACCGCAGAAUACCGGGAGCAUGGUAAACACGAUCUCGAGCACACUAACUUCUGAUGAAGAGGAUGUCUCGAUUACCGUCAUCUCCACCGAUAUCUUGGAAGUCAUCUUCGACUACGCGUUGAACAAAUUUGACAACUGUCGAGAUCGGCUUGAGGCUGGGAGACCCAAGUUUAUAUCGGUUCUCAACAAGUUUGUCGAAGCAGGAGUCCGCAUCGAUAUGUGUCUUCCAGCAUUCCCCUUCAAAUCGGCGAACAAAGUCUACAAGGCUCUCGGUUUCCUGCCCGACAAGGCCGAGGAGAUCGCCUUGGCCAGGUUGCACAACAUGUGUAGGCGCAUUGAGGACAUAUAUGCACCGGGGGCUCAUGUUGUCAUUAUUUCGGAUGGGCUUGUCUACAACGAUCUGCUAGGCAUUUCGGAUAGAGACACUUGGCAUUAUGGACAAGCUCUUCGAGAAAUGGCCGUCGAAAAGGGAUUCACCAAUAUCGGAUUCUCUAGAUUGAGAGACUUUGUGGAUUUCAAAUUACCGGACUCCUUGGACGAGAUUUCCUACGUCGCUAACGCUACUAAUUUCCGUCGUUUCAUUCUCAACAAAUUUGGGAAAGAAGGCCUGGACGUAGAUCAGCUAAUUGCUGAUGACGAAGAUACCCGACUGACUUAUCAAGGUUACCGAAGGUUCUUGAUGUCAGACUUGCGACACAUUUACACACUUGGGGGAACGCGGACCAGCAAUACAUACAAAAGGGAGACGAAGUAUUUGGCCAAGCAAAUGCUUGUUCGAGGCUACGCUUUUGCGGGCGCGAUCAAACAGAACUUCCCAAAUCAUCUACGACUUUCAAUUCAUCAGUCUACCGGAGAGCACAAAGUCUCCAUGAGUUUGCUGAACACCAAAACGGGGUUCACGACACCUUGGCACUGCAGUGUCGCGCUGAUGGCUGAUGGAGAAUGGAUGAGUGCGCCAAUGGGAGACUUCAAGGAGAAUCCUAGAAUGAAAGUCGUUGAAGAAAAAGGCCGUCCAAGUUACUUUCGAGAAAUGACAGACGAGGAAUUCUUAGAAGAGCCAAAUCGGGCAGACGAGGCCGCCAUAGUGCAAUUUGAAGAUCCGACCGUCAGCGAAAAUUAUGAGCAGGAGAGAAACGAAAACUUUGUCCACUGGGAGGAUCUGACUUAUGAUGUCAAGAGUGGCGGCAAGAGAAAAAGACUUCUAGAUCAAGUCGAUGGGUGGCUGAGGGGCGGAACGUUGACGGCAUUGAUGGUAGGUGCCUUGUCCUUCUCUCUACUUUUACUGAUCAAUUCGGUCCUUCAGGGCGUCAGUGGAGCUGGUAAAACCAUUCUGCUAGAUAUCUUGGCCAAUCGUUCGACUUCUGGGGCCGCCCAUGGCGAUAUUCUGGUAAAUGGCCAGCCUCGAAAUAUUGCCUCCAAGAACAUGGCCGGUGUUGUAUAUCAGUCUGAUUUACAGUUCCCUGGCGCGACCGUCAGAGAGGCAUUGAUCUUCAGUGCCAUACUGAGGCAACCCAAAACGACCCCAUACGUCGAGAAGAUUGCCUAUGCUGAGGAAGUAGUUCACCUCAUCGGGAUGGAAGCACUUGCCGAUACAGCCAUAGGAACAGGUGGAGAAGUUUUGAAUAGCGAACAAAGAAAACGACUGGCGAUUGGAAUCGAGCUUGCUGCCAAACCUACCACCUUGAUCCUGCUCGAUCAACCGCUUUCGGGACUGGACUGUCAGGCUGCCCUAUCUAUAUGCGCGCUCCUGCGUAAGCUUGCACAGAAAGGCUUGGCUAUCCUUUGUACCAUCAGCCAACCGUCUGUACGGCUUCUGCAGUCUUUCGAUCGACUGAUUCUGCUGGCAAAGGGAGGGAAACAGCUAUAUUUUGGCAAAAUAGGUGUCUCCUGCAAGACGGUGAUCAGCUACUUCGAACAAAAUGGGGCCAGACAACGCAAUGCAGAGGAGAACCCUGUAGAAUGGGUGUUUGAGGUCACCGGCUCCAAUGCCGAUUCUGACAGUCCACAAGACUGGUCAGAGACUUGGAACAACUCUCCCGAGCGAAAGGCUGUCAGAAAGAAACUUCUUCAGCUGAAGGAAAAGUUUGCGGGCCAGCUGGAAUCGGUCAAUGAUCCCAGUGCCUCAGAUAUAAUUCAGCAAGCAGUAGCUCAACUUGACGUGAGGGACCUCCAGCGCACUUACUAUAAAUAUCUUUUCUUGGAAAAGAUGCAGCUCCCUCUGGAUUAUCUCAAACCAGAUAUCUACGGGCAAUUGCUUGCAGACUCUGCAGCUAUACACCGCCCACUAUAUCCUCUCUGAAGAUCAAACGAGGCUCAAUCAUCAAUUCGCCCUCGAAGUACUGUUGUCUCUGGUAUUCUCUUUUGGUUACGCUGCUGUUGUUAUGGAUGAGGACGAGCUAAGGAGAACGGCCUUUGAGUCUCGUUCUUUACGCAUCCCACUCUAGAAGUGACACGAAUUCAGCCAUUAUUGAUAGAUUUCGACAUUCAUCUAAAUCGUUCUGUUCCUGCCCAGAGACUGCUGCAGUUUACAAACGCUAAUGUUCAUAUGACCCUGCCGACUCUGGGACAUGAAGUGAGGCAAACUAAAGCAAAACAUGGUAGCAUUAUCAUCGCGAGCUUACCGAGAGCUAAAUACUGUGGAAACCCUAAUGAAUCAAUUCUAU